GAUCUCUGGUCAUUACCUAUUCUCAUGUUUCUCCCACGCGGUGUACGUUAUAUGAGCAGCCUCAAUCUCUCACGGUCAAUACUGCAGUCGAGAUUAAGUAUCCAUACUAUCUAUCCCUCUAUCUCUACGUUCAAGAUAUUGUCACCUGUCCCUCGUGUCCUCUUUUGCAGCAAAACGACUCAUUACAGUUCUCGAACACGGCCAACAACCAUGGACACCAUUAAAUCAACUAUUGCGGAGAACAUGGGCGGCAUUGCCCACAACCUGGCCAAUAAGGAGGACCAGUUUGACCUCAGCAAGGACGUACCUGACCAGACAGGCAAGGUGGCUCUGAUCACAGGCGGCAGUGAGGGUAUCGGGUAUGCCACUGUGUAUACCCUGCUGAAAGCCAAUCUUUCCAAAAUCUUCAUUGUCUCAGUCUCCGAAGACGUGAUAGAUCAUGCUGUUGAGGAAGUCAAGAAGAACCUGGGCUCGGAAUACUCGUCCAAAAUCAUCUGGCUUCAGUGCGAUAUGGCCGACCUCAAAGCUGUAGCGGACAUUGCGAAGCAAGUCCGAGAGCAGACGGACCGACUGGACAUUCUGUGCAUGAACGCGGCUCGAGGGAUUAUGACUUACAAGCUCACCGACUACGGGGUUGAUCGACACAUGGCCACCAACCACAUCGGCCAUGUGACGCUGACAUCUCAUCUUCUGCCUCUUCUCAAAAAGACCAGCAACCAGGACACGGUCCGCAUCCAGAUACAGGCCUCCAAUGCACACCAGUCGGCGCCCGAGGACGUCAAGUUCGCGUCUCUGAACGAACUCAACACAGAUCUCGGGCCUCAAAGUCAAUACGGCCGGGCAAAACUCGCCGGGAUCUUAUACGCACGGUAUCUCGACGCACAUCUGCACAAGGAGCAUCCGAACAUACUCAUCAACGCAACACAUCCGGGUGUCGUCGAAACGAAAAUGUCUGUGGACGAGAUCCACGAGCCAUACCCCAGAGCCGGAUACAUCAUGUCUGCCGGCAUGAAGCCGAUCAAGAAGGACAUCUGGAUGGGCGGCGUCAGUACAGUGUAUGCGGCGUCUGCGACGACAAAGUCUGGCGAAUAUGUCUGUCCACCAGCGAUUGCAGAACCCGGAAGCGAGCUGGCACAAAACGCCGAGUUGGGUGAGCAAUUGAUGAAGUUGACGAGAGAGGUUGUGAGGGAGAAGUUUGGAAGUCUAAGUGUCGAGAAAGGUUGUCCUCUGAAGGAUUAUUAG